AUUCAAAUGUUUUGGGGGUACUUUAAACAAAAGUUGGUGUCUUUCUGCGCAUGUGCGUUGAUGUUACUUCCGAGCGUCCGGCGUUGCCUUGGAGAGAGCGCCUUAAGUUUCUUUGCCAUCUUUGGUACAGUCUGUAGAGCGGUGCUACACGGCGCACGAGACUGUAGGCAGACAGGGAUCCGACCUUAACAGAAAUGUCGGAAAGCGGGAAUCAGGAAGCCACCGGGGCCUCGAACGGCAGCGGCGGCACGUCAACCCCCAAACCGUCUUUUGGCAACAAAGUGACAGUCGUGCUCGGGGCUCAGUGGGGCGACGAAGGGAAGGGAAAAGUUGUGGAUCUGCUGGCACAGGACGCGGACAUGGUGUGCAGAUGUCAGGGAGGCAACAACGCCGGGCACACUGUGGUUGUGGACUCGGUAGAGUACGACUUCCACCUCCUACCCAGCGGCAUCAUCAACCCCAAGGUUACUGCCUUCAUCGGCAAUGGUGUUGUGAUCCAUAUUCCUGGCAUGUUUGAAGAAGCAGAAAAGAAUGAACGCAAAGGAAAAAGCCUGAAAGGCUGGGAGAGUCGAUUGAUCAUCUCAGACAGAGCACACAUCGUGUUUGACUUCCACCAAGCGGUCGAUGGCGUUCAGGAACAGCAGAGGCAGGAGCAAGCAGGCAAGAACCUUGGGACAACAAAGAAAGGGAUCGGCCCAGUUUACUCUGCCAAAGCAGCUCGCAGUGGCCUGAGGAUAUGUGACUUAGUGGCAGACUUCACUCAGUUCUCGGAAAGGUAUAAAAUCCUCGCCCAUCAGUACAAGUCCAUGUACCCGACGCUGGAGAUAGACAUAGAGGGAGAGCUGGAAAGAUUAAAGAACUACAUGGAGCGGAUUCGGCCCAUGGUGAGGGACGGGGUUCACUACAUGUACGAGGCUCUUCACGGUCCGCCCAAAAAGAUCCUGGUGGAAGGAGCCAACGCUGCGCUGCUGGAUAUCGACUUCGGAACGUAUCCGUUUGUGACGUCGUCCAACUGCACGGUUGGAGGGGUGUGCACAGGUCUGGGCAUGCCCCCCCACAAUGUGGGCGAGGUCUAUGGAGUGGUGAAGGCGUACACCACCAGAGUGGGGAUCGGAGCGUUCCCCACAGAGCAGAGCAACGACAUCGGAGAGCUGCUGCAGACUCGAGGGAAGGAGGUGGGCGUGACCACAGGCAGGAAGCGGCGAUGCGGUUGGCUGGAUCUGGUGCUCAUCAAAUAUGCACACAUGAUUAACGGCUUCACUGCUUUAGCGCUCACCAAACUUGACAUACUUGACGUCUUUCCAGAGAUAAAGGUGGGCGUGGCCUACAGAGUCAACGAUGAAAUUAUACCUCACUUUCCAGCCAAUCAGGAGGUGCUGCACCGCGUGGAGGUUCAGUACGAGACGCUGCCCGGCUGGAAGAGCGACACUUCAGCUGCUCGGAGCUUUGAGGAGCUUCCUGAAAACGCUCAGAAAUAUGUUCACUUUGUCGAGGAGCACGUGGGAGUGCCUGUCAAGUGGAUCGGAGUGGGAAAGUCUCGGGAGUCCAUGAUCCAGCUGUUCUAGGAAAGACGCCGCGGCGCCGCACAGCAGCAGAUCAACUGUACCCUUCCUCCCAAGCCCCUCCCCUUCUCACACAGCCUACCUACCUGUAUCCUAACCUUCAGCAGAGGCACGACCACGCCCCCCUUCCCUCUUGUUUUAUCUUUGUAUGAAUCUCUUGUUGAAAAAGUCUCCGCCUCUGGAUUUAGGGGCGGAGUUUUAAAGCCUUUUUGCAGCCAAAACUGAAAACCUGCGGCGGGGCUGAACCGACGCGGAUCACCCGGAUCUCUGCCUAAAUGUGUUCGUUGUCGAACGCUGUUGUGUGGUUUAAAAAAAUGCACUGUGCCAGUUGGAUGUAAAUCAGUUUCAACCUCAGCACUUUAGACGCUUGUUUCGAGGUGCAUCCAGAAAGGGAACUUUUCUUUUCUUUUUUUUUUUUUUUUACUUAGACAAAGCUUCCAUGAACGCAGAAAAGUGAACACUAGAAAAGUCACUUCUCUGUUAAAUAUAGCAGUUAUCUUGUAGAAGGUCAUCGACUGUCCCCCAUCUCCUAUGUCAUCGUUUCUUUUCAUGACUUUUGGUUUCUUUGCACUUUUCUGCACAAUGUUCUGUGGAUGUGGGAGAAAUGUAACAGCAACUAAGAACCCAUAAAUUAUAUUUAAGAUA